GCUUUGUAGUGUUACGUUUAUUUUAGAUGUAAUUAUCACAAAUAUCUAAUUUUUUUAACAAUAUAAUGUGUGACAAUGGCUUCGGUGAAAGUGGCUGUAAGGGUUCGCCCGUUCAAUCAAAGGGAGAAGGAUAUGAAUGCCAAACUUAUUGUACAAAUGGAUGGCAAGAAGACAAGACUUCUCACUGUAAAAAAUAGCAAAGAGCAAAACGAUGGCAGCCGGGAGAAGUACAAGGACUUCACAUUCGACCAUUCCUAUUGGUCCUUUGAUCAUGGGGACAGCCACUACGCUUCUCAAGAACAGGUGUUCUCGGAUUUGGGUGUGGACGUGAUUGACAGCGCCUUCGAGGGCUACAAUGCGUGUGUGUUCGCGUAUGGACAGACGGGCAGCGGGAAGACCUUCACCAUGAUGGGCUCCCCGGAGUGCCAAGGUCUGAUACCACGCAUUUGCCGGCAGCUGUUCUCUCGCAUGGCUGCCGGUAAGGAAUCUGGCUCCUCUUACCGCACGGAGGUCAGCUACCUGGAGAUCUACAACGAGCGCGUUAAGGACUUGCUCAGUGGAGACUCUGGCCACUCGCUGAGGGUCAGAGAACACCCAAAACUUGGACCUUAUGUGCAGGAUUUGUCGCGCCAUUUAGUAUCUGAUUAUGAUGAUAUUCAGGAGUGCAUGCAGCGCGGCAACCAGCAGCGCACGACCGCGUCGACACAGAUGAACGACGUGUCGUCCCGCUCGCACGCGAUCUUCACGCUGACGUUUGUGCGCGCCGGCUACACGCGCCACAACAACCUGCCCAGCGAGACGCUAUCCAAAGUGCACCUCGUCGACCUCGCCGGCAGCGAACGAGCGGACGCUACGGGCGCAACUGGACAGAGGCUGGUGGAGGGCGCGCACAUCAACAAGUCGCUGGUGACGCUCGGAUCUGUCAUCUCCGCUCUCGCAGACUCCAGCCAGCAGGCAGACAAUCGGACGCCUAAGGGCAAAAAGAACGUGUUCAUCCCGUACCGGGACUCCGUGUUGACGUGGCUCCUCAAGGACUCGUUAGGUGGAAAUUCGAAGACAAUCAUGAUUGCAGCGAUAUCGCCAGCUGACUGCAACUACGGCGAGACGCUGUCCACGCUCCGGUACGCGAACCGUGCGAAGAACAUCAUCAACAAGCCCACCAUCAACGAGGACCCCAACGUCAAGCUCAUACGAGAGCUGCGCGACGAGAUCGACAAGCUGCGCGCACAGAUCGCACACAACACCAAUCCUGUGGAGGCAGAGGCAGGUGUGCUGGCUACGCUUCAGCGCAAGGAGGCACAGGAGAAGGUCCUGACAGAGAAGUGGACGGAGAAAUGGCGCGAGACGCAACAGAUCCUUCAAGAACAGAAAGCGCUCGGACUUCGGAAGAGCGGCCUUGGUGUGGUACUGGACUCCGAUAUGCCACACCUCGUGGGCAUCGACGACAACCUGUUGUCGACUGGGGUUACUCUGUAUCAUCUCAAGGAGGGCGAGACGGUGAUCGGCAGCGCGGAGCUGGUGCCGACGCCGGACAUCGUGCUGAGCGGCGCGGGCGUGCUGCCGCUGCACUGCCGCGUGGCGCUGCGCGACGGCGUGGCCACGCUGCUGCCGGCGCCCGGCGCGCACUGCUGGCUCAACACCGUGCUGCUCGACGCGCCCGCCAAGCUCAGCCAGGGCGAGUGCACCGCCACACACUACACCGCACACACCGCCGCACACACAACACAACACACAACACACACACACACACACACACACACACACACACACACACACACACACACACACACACACUUCAUAUUGUCCACAUUCACCCCUGCUGAACUAGCCGUGUUGACUUUCUGAUUGUCAACGCUAAUACUCAGCCAGGACCCACACCACAUAAUACACAUCCCAACAGAUGAGACAAAUCUCAGUUUAAACUCACUUUCACAAAUAGGAUCCAAAAUAGAUCAUAAGAGUGCCUUCUACAAGCGCUUUGGAUUUAUGCAAAGGCCAAUUAGUAGUAUUAUAGAAAAUCUUGUUAUAAAGUUUUUGUAUUUAUCCAUUAACGUAAUCUACCUUACUAGGAUUACAUAUAAAUAUAAAUACAAAAAUUUAUUGAAUUGAUCCAUACCAUCUUGUGGAAUUGUUUACCACCAACGAUUUUUCCGGACCGAUACGACUUAGAGACCUUCAAGAAAAGAGCCUACACCUUUUUAAAAGGCCGACAACGCAUUUGCAAUUUCCCUGAUGUUGCAGUUGUUCAUGGGCGGCGAUAGUCACUUACCAACAGGUGAACCGCGUGCUCGUUUGGCCCCUCUCGUAUAAAAAAAAAGCUAAGUCACCUGACUUCAUGUUGACUUCAUUCAUUCCUAUAGUUUUCUAUUAGCUUUAAACUAUUGCACUUAGUCAACUUGGCUAUAUGAGCAGUAUAUACGUUUGGACCGACUUACGCUAAAAAAAAGUCAAUCCACGAAAAGCCUCCUUGUAGAUUUUAAAGUUUGGAUCCAACACGCGUAAUACUAAUUAUGACAUUAAAUUUUACAGUUAUUAAAUACGUAUUAAUACAUUUGUUAAAUUACAGUUAUUACGUAUUUAAUAUAGUUAUUAAAUUUUACAGAAUUAAUAAAUUAAUGAUUUUAUGUGCUUUCAACAGGUUACGACAGAGAUAGACGUAUUUUGUAAAGAAAUCGUCUAGAUAGUCUAUUAAAAUAGCACGCUAAUUGUUGUUUCGACUUCCUUGUAUUUGUUUUUAUGACGUGAAAGUCCUUCCCUAAAAUGAUAAGGAACUUUUGGCUUUUUAAACUUCGUGUGUGUUGGAUCCAUAUUGCUUAAAAAACUGCAAUUUAUCUCCAUCGUUCAUAUCUUAUACAAAUUCUCUGAUCAUUAUUUCUUCAUAAACAUUUUAUUUUAUUUUGUACACCACAAAUACAUUAUAUAAAAAUAUAGCACAAACAUUACUUACAAUUUUGAUGAGCUGUUUCUAAUUUCAUUUUAUUUUGUGCUUUUCCUUAUCCAAUAUUUUUAUGUAUUAUCUCUACUGUGCCUAUGAAUGUUUUCUAUCUAUACUAAAUAAAUAAAAUUAAUUGUAAUUUUAUUUAUUUAUAACGCUUCAGGUUGCAUAUUGUUGCUGGGACGUACGAACAUGUUCCGUUACAACGACCCGGCAGAAGCGGCCAAACUCCGACAGGAAGGCAGCGCGUCUGUUAUGAACCUCUCCCGGCUGUCACUGCUCUCCUGGUCCACUACCGACCUCGCCGCCAGCACAGAGAACCUCAACACCACGCUGUCGUGAGUACUGCUGUCAACGUGACUUGUCGCACUACUCUCCUAGUCCAUCCCUCCAUUCAUCCAUUACAGCUUAUAAAAGUCAACUGCUAAAGAUAGGCCUCUCCCACAGAUUGCCUCAUAGCAGGAAUUUUGCCUUAGUUUCCUUGUUUGGCAAGCCGGUUGACAACCGCAUUUUUUAUUUUGAGUUGUUUUCAGGUAUAUGCUGCUGCUCAUCUCCUGUUUCAGUUGUCCUCUGUCGCCUGUAACGACCAACAUCCAUAGGACGACAUGGCGUAAUUAAUAUUCUUACACCGCCACUACACGGUUUCAUAGUACUAGGCUUACAUAGUACAUCAGUAGCAAUAUAAACAACAGGUUUUCGUGAGUGCUGCUGCUAACUUGUUGCACUUCUCUGCUGUCCUAGUUCAGCAGUCGUAACCGCAAGAAACUAACAACUGUAUGUAGUUCUGCUGUUCACGUCAAUUGUUACAUAACUCUGAUCCCGUCCGGAUUCACCAGCAGCGACCAUAGCAGCUUACUGUUGAAAAUAUAUAUCCAAGUGACCUUGAUCUGUAAGCAGAAGAACGAGUGACUUCGUUUUAGAGCUAAUCAAACACAAAACCGCUAUAAGUAGGAUGAAACCUAUUGCACGCCUCAUAACGCGAAGCGUUAUUAGGUAGUAUAUUGCCACACGAGCAGAUAACGGAGCAGAGAUAAGGCUUCUUAAGAUCGUGCAAAAUUGUUAACUAUUUUGGUAGGGUUGCCACAAUGAACUGAAGUUACGGUAUACAAAAUUUCAACUCAGACAUCGGGAAGUGGUUCAAAUCUUACUUGCAAUAUGUGAACUUAACACACAUACCUACUACUACCUACCCCACCCACAUACCUACAAAUGUUUAGUAAAAGCUUGUAAUAACAAUAAAAAGGUAAAAACACACCAUGUAGUACCCUCUUCUAAUU